AUGGAUCGGCUGAGUAACAUGCUGGGGGACCGACCGCUGAAGGGCAUCUUCACGGCGCUCGGUCUCCCGGAUAAAAUCGGCGGCGCGGAGGCCGACAAGCUGCGGCGCACCAAGGAAUGCAUCCGCGCCGUGCUCGAGGACGCCGAGCAGCGCCGCUUCGUCGACCACGACUCCGUCAGGCUCUGGCUCCGGGAGCUCAGGGCCGCCGCCUUCGACGUCGACGCCCUGCUCGACCGCCUGGGCACCAUCACGGCCGUGUCCAGGCUAGCGGCUGCCGAGCAGUCGCGGAAGCGGAAGCGGCUCUGGCCCAGCUGCAGAAAUGGAGGUGAUUUCCAUCUGGGGAACCGCAGGCGUUGGGAAGACAGCACUGACAUAGUCGGUUUACAACUUUACAAAGAUCCUGAGGUACAAAACUUCUUCACUGACAAGAUCUGGGUUUGGUUACCAGAUAGGUGUGAUGUGAGGAAGGCCACCAAAAUGAUCAUUGAAGCUGUGACCAGUCAAAAAUGUGAACUUCUAAGCUUGGACAUAUUGCAGCAACGGCUGCACGCCCACCUACAUAAAAAACACUUCUUGCUGGUGAUUGAUAACCUUUGGGCAGAGGGCUUUCAGUUCUGGGAAUUUCUGAGGCCCUCAUUGACUGGUGGAGCGGGCGGAAGCAAGGUUCUGAUCACUACUCAGCACGAAAGGGUGUCUAGGAUGAGUUCCACCAUUCUAAACAUCCAUUUAGAGCGCUUGGAAGAUGAAGAAUGCUGGCAAAUCCUCAAACUCUAUGCGUUCUUGGGGUGGAGCAGCAGAGAUCUGGAAUCCAUUGGGCGGAGGAUUGCCGCCAACUGUCAAGGCUCCCCGUUGGCUGCUAAAUCUCUUGGGGUGCUAUUGUCCGACACUCAUGGAGACAAAGAACGAUGGGAAAGCAUACUAGGUGGUAUGCAGAUUCUUGAAGAUGACAAAAACACAAACAAUAUAUUACCAAGUUUGCAGAUAAGUUAUCAGCACUUGUCAUAUCAUCUCAAACAAUGUUUUGCCUUCUGUUCAAUACUUCCUCCUGGUGUUGAGUUUGAGAAGGAUGAGCUGGUUAGACUCUGGAUAGCUGACGGUCUUGUUAAGAGUAAUGGAAGGAAAAGGGUUGAGAUGGAAGCUGGAAGAUGCUUUGACGAGCUCCUAUGGAGGUCAUUCUUUGAAACUUCCCACAAUUUCCCUAAUCAAAAGUUUAGAGUGCCAAGUUUGAUGCUUGAGCUAGCACAACUUGUUUCUAAACAUGAAUCUCUGACUCUUAGCCCUGACAGUUCACCGGUACCAUCGGCACUUUUCUCGAAGCUAACCUGUCUGCGUGCACUAGACCUGAGUUACACAGAGCUGGACCUCCUGCCAGAUUCUGUUGGAUUUUGUAUACACCUCAGAUACCUCAAUCUUCGGAAUACUCUGAUAAAGACUCUUCCAGAAACAGUCUGCAACCUAUUCAAUUUGCAGACACUUGACCUCAGGGACUGCUAUUGGCUCAUGGAUUUGCCUGAAGGCAUGAGCCGAUUAGUUAACUUGCGGCACCUUAGUUUACAUAUUGAUUGGGAUAGAGUUACUGCUUUUAGAUCAAUGCCAAGUGGCAUUGACCGGUUACAGUCACUUCAAACUCUUUCCAGAUUUGUUGUGGUCUCCAGGGAUGGAGGCAAGUGCAACAUUAAUGAGUUGAAGAAUUUGAAGAUCCGCGGAGAGCUUUGUAUUCUUAAUUUGGAAGCUGCCACCAAUGAUGGUGUCAUGGAGGCCAAUUUGCGCGGGAAGGAGUACUUGCGCGAAUUGAUGCUGAAAUGGAGUGAGGACACCUGCAAGGACGAGCAGCAGAAGGGCAUAGAGAACAGUGAGACGGUCAUUGAGGCACUCUGUCCACAUACCAGCCUUAAGCAUCUGCGCAUCGAAAAUUACCCUGGAAGACGAUUUCCUUCUUGCUUCGAGAACCUCUCGGCUCUGGAAUCCCUGGAGAUAAUUUCUUGCCCCAGGCUCACUCAAUUUUCCGUGCAGAUGAUGCAGUCUCUCAGGACUUUAAGGAUACGUCAAUGUGCUGAUCUUGCAGUUCUUCCCAGAGGCCUGUGCAACCUAGAAUCCCUUCAUUGUCUGGAAACCGAUGGUGCUCCAAAUCUGAGAAUAAGUGCAGUGGACAUAUUGCCAAGAAACAUCUCACGGCUGUAA